UUCUCAGUUUGCAUUCAACAAUAAAGUGAGCAGAAUGUCGAAACUAUACGUAGUUUUUGCCUGUUUGUGUAUUGAGUUGUUUGUUAGCACCAGUGCCCAGAGUUGCAGUGUAGGCAGUAACAAAGUUUGUCCCCAUCCAGCUAUUUGGUUUUGGCAGUAUAACAUGGCUUUACCAUUUGGGGUCUUGUUGCAACCUGGUCGUCCAAUGAGUAAUUAUUUCAGCACGCCUAAGCCGCUCAAGGUGCUUAUCCAUAGUUACACUGGCAAUCGAGAUACUACACCCAGUUAUCAGUUGAGGCCAAAGUUGCUCCGAAUUCCUGGUAUCAACAUCAUUAGCAUUGACUAUUCAAAGUUGGCGCCCAAUCAGUGCUAUUUGGCGGCGGUUCAGAAUGCCCAUUUGGUGGGACGUUGUCUGGCAAAGUUCCUGUUGUCAUUUCUAAGUAGGGGAUUGAUCUUCGCACAUGAUAUACACUUAAUUGGCUUUGGUUUGGGCGCACAUGUUGCCGGGUUUGCGGCUAAGUUUUUGAUUCAUGCCAACUAUCGAGUGGGUCACAUUACGGGUCUCGAUCCGGCUAAGCCACACUUCCAAACAUUGGAAACCUCAGAACGUCUCGAUGCGAGUGAUGCGGACUUUGUGGAUAUCAUUCAUACGGACGUGUUUGUUCAUGGACUCAUGCAGCCCAUUGGCCAUGCGGAUUUCUACCCCAACAGCGGUGUCAAGCAGCCCAAUUGUGGAGCUCUUCAUGAGAUCAAGACCCACCUGUGCUUCCACAAUCGCGCUGCCGAAUACUAUGCGGAGUCCAUUUUCACAGGAGUUGGUUUCAAGGGUUUCCAAUGCCGUGAUCUUUAUGCAUUUGCUUCGGGCGAAUGCCAACCCAACGAUGAUAUCCAACUGAUGGGCUACAAUAUACCCCGUAAUGCCAGAGGCAGUUAUUUCCUCAAAACGAAUAGCUUCGAACCUUAUGCCAGAGGCGCCAACUUUAAUGACAUGGAUCGCACUCUGUUUGGCAUUAACUAUAAUGGCCCACAGCUGAGAGAGAAAUUACACGAAUUGUAUCUUGGAGAUAUAACACUCACCUCAACUGUAUUUAUUCAAAUUAUGCCCGUCGAGUGCACUGGAGCUCCUCCUUUCUGUCUUUAAUUGCAGAGUAUAUUGUUUCCAUGCCUUCGUAGAUCUUAUGCUGUUUAAGUUGUAAUAUAUUUACUUAAUAUGAGGCAUUUAUCAUAAAAAUGAUUUAUUAGCAAA